AUGCAUGAGUUCUCUACUGUUGAUGGUUUUGCGGAGAUAGACGAGAGCUUAGCGGAGAUGAUAAAGUACAUUGCGAACGAACCUUCAGUGGGUCUCUACUACAUCCAGCAGCACGUCCGUAACGCAACACCGAACGUCCUUAACCUCAGCAGCAACGUUUUGGAGAAAUCUCGUGAGACACUUUUGCAUACAGAAGACGUGGAUGAUUCUAUAGACAUGGUGAGAUCAAUGAAAGAGUGUGGCUCACCUAUUGUUGAUGAGAUGAUAGGAGACAUCAAGAGCUCCUUAGCGUUGAUGAUGCCGAGGAGAGGAGGGGUGGUCCUCAACUCUCGCAGCCCUUGGAGCAGAUCCAACAGUACAACAACAACAACGCGAGGUUCUGAUUACAGCCAGGAUGAUAAUGGUGAAAGCAGCGGCUAUUUUACGUCCGUGUUCAAGUCGGCUAAGGAGAAAGCCAGCAACAUCAAAUGGCCACAGAUUGAUUUUAAAGAACAGAAGGUGGAGUCUAGCCCCAAUGUGGAAGAAGAAGAAGAAGGUGGACAUAUGGUGGAGACGACAAAGUUUGAGGAGUUUAAAGCUGGUAAAGAAGCGAGUCUCAAGGCAUGGCUUGGAGAUGGAGAUGGGGAUGGGGAUGCAGAUGUUGGUGGACGUGCUGGUGAGAGGAUUUAAGGUGUUGUGGUACAAGACUAAGAGGAGGGGGAAGUUGCUGCCCCCCUCCCCCUACUGGAUUUUUAUACGAUUUUUGUGAAGAUUGUAUGGGGAUGUGUAGCACCAAUGAUAGUUGAACAAUAUACUUCUCCUAAACAUAUAUGUAACCAAACUAUGAGCUGUGAUAAUUACCCUAUUCAUAUGAGAAGACAGAAGAAUAACCAUUGCCUGUGGAGUCCUGA